GGCGGGGCUCAGCUCCCCGGGCUGUGUUUGGACCGAAUAUUGGCUCGUGUUGGGGGUAGGCUGUGCCGAGAGCUCGCCUGGUGUUAGACGCAUCUUACACCUGAGUGAGGAGGUACAGGGCAAGGCCAAUCUCGCUUGCCGUGGUGGGGAAGCCACACUGGUCGGGGUUCUGGGUGCCCCCCGGCCCCGUUCGCUAUGGGGGAGGUGGAGAUUUCCGCCCGGGCCUACGGGAAGAUGUGCCUGCACGCCUCUCGGUACCCGUACGCUGCUGUCAACGGGUUGUUGCUGGCUCCCGCGCCGCGGCCGGGAGAAUGCCUCUGCCUCACCGACUGUGUGCCCCUCUUCCACAGUCACCUGGCCCUGUCCGUCAUGCUGGAGGUGGCGCUCAACCAGGUGGAUGUGUGGGGCGCACAGGCCGGUCUGGUGGUAGCUGGGUACUACCACGCCAAUGCUGCUCUGGACGACCAGAGCCCUGGGCUUCUGGCCUUGAAAAUCGCUGGGCGAAUUGCAGAAUUCUUCCCUGAUGCAGUGCUUAUUAUGCUGGAUAAUAAGAAGCUGGUGACUCGGCCUCGUGUACCUCCAGUGAUUGUCCUGGAGAACCAAGGUCUUCGAUGGGUGCCUAAGGACAAGAACUUAGUGAUGUGGAGAGACUGGGAAGAGUCCCGACAGAUGGUGGGGGCACUGCUGGAGGGCCAGGCCCACCGUCAUCUCGUGGACUUCGACUGCCAUCUUGAUGACAUUCGUCAGGACUGGACCAACCAGCGGCUUAACACUCAAAUCACCCAGUGGGGUGCUGCCACCAGUGGACAUGCCUGAACCAGAGGGUCAGAGUACAAUAAAGAGAUGGGCUGGUG